UAUCGACCGAGUCCAAAUAUUUCCGGAUUAGUCCUAAUUACUCAUUUCAGAGACUCGGAUUUGACCGGAGCUUCUCGACCUAUAGGCAAUCCUGCGAGGGGUAUAUUAUCGAUAUUUCGGUGCCCGGACAUUUAGACG